CCUUCUGCAUCUUUGUUGUUCUUUGUCCAUGUCGACAAGAACCUAAAUUAACUGAAUAAAAACUAACCGAUAACAACCGGACAAACGAAACUCUCAAGUCCUGCUUUCCUUAGCAAUGGAUUACCUAAAAUCCGCGGUUCCUUCCCAAAUAAUGUCAGAACGAGGCUACAAUUUGGUUGUUAUAAACCCAGGUUCUGCAAAUAUCAGAAUUGGCCUGGCUUCACAGGAUAUUCCUUUUAAUGUUCCUCAUUGCAUUGCUCGCCAUACUAAGCAAGUUCCUAAGAGGAAUGUUAUGGAUCAGAUGCUUAAUAAUCAAAUUACCACUGCACAGCACAUGGAGCGGGAGAAGGCUUAUGAUGUUAUUGCUUCUCUGUUGAAGAUACCGUUUCUGGAUGAAGAGGCGCCUAGUAACACUUAUUCUCGCAAGAUGGGACGAGUUGAUGGACAUAAUUCACAGAGUAGAGGGAAGGAUUUAGCCUUAAGUUGGACUAACGUCUAUGAAGAGGCCUCUAGUUCGGUGUCAGAAUUAGAGGCUUCAAUGAGUAAAGAUGAUACUAGUGAACCCUUGGACAAAAAAGAAGGUAUAAAUUCAAUGGAACCUGAUGCAAACAAACCAAAAUACAGAGAUUUCAUUUGUGGUGAGGAAGCAUUAAGGAUAUCUCCUGCUGAGCCAUACUGUUUAUGUCGUCCAAUCCGCAGGGGACACUUGAAUAUCUCACAAUAUUAUCCAAUGCAGCAGGUACUUGAGGACCUGCAAGCUAUUUGGGAUUGGAUUCUCAUAGAGAAACUGCAUAUUCCUCACAAUGAGAGAAACAUGUAUGCUGCUGUUCUUGUGGUGCCAGAAACAUUUGAUAAUCGUGAAAUAAAGGAAAUGUUAUCUGUAGUGCUGAAAGACCUUGGGUUUGGCCUAGCUGUAGUACACCAGGAAGGUCUUGCUGCAGUUUUUGGAAAUGGAUUAUCAACAGCAUGUGUUGUGAAUAUUGGUGCUCAGGUGACAUCAGUAAUUUGCAUAGAGGAUGGAGGUGCUCUACCUUUAACUGGGAAAACUUUACCUUUUGGAGGCGAGGAUAUAUCAAGGUGCUUUCUAUGGACCCAGAGACAUCACCAGAAUUGGCCACAAAUUCGCACAGAUAUUUUGACAAAACCUAUAGAUAUGUUAAUGUUAAACCGACUGAAAGAGACAUAUUGUGAAAUCAAAGAGGGGGAACUUGAUUCUAUUGCAGUGGUUCAUUCAUAUGAAGAUGGAAUGCCACCUGGAUCUCACAAGACAAAGCUUACUGCUCUUAAUGUUCCUCCUAUGGGAUUGUUCUAUCCAAUGCUUUUGGUUCCAGAUGUGUAUCCUCCACCACCCCGUUCUUGGUUUCAUGACUAUGAGGAUAUGUUAGAAGAUCCGUGGCACAUUGAUUUUCCGCGAAGGCCUGAUAUGUCAGAUACUUUCUAUCCCAAUGUUAAUAUUGGACUACCCAUGUGGGAUGGCUAUCCAGUCUUUUCAGCCAAGCCAAAGAAAGAAGAAAAAGUCGGUCUGGCUGAGGCUAUUACAAACAGUAUUCUCUUAGCUGGUCGAAUAGACCUCCAGAGAAAAUUAUUCUGUAGCAUACUAUUGACGGGUGGAGUUGCUUUGACAAUUGAUCUGGUUCCUGCAGUGGAGGAAAGGGUUUUACAUGCCAUUCCUCCGAAUGAAGCAAUUGAUACCGUGGAGGUUUUACAAUCAAGAACAAACCCAACAUUUGCAGCAUGGAAAGGCGGGGCGAUUCUUGGAGUACUAGAUUGUAGCAAGGAUGGUUGGAUACGUAGGGAGGACUGGAUAAACAACGGAAUGGACCCAGAGUUUGUCAGAAAAUACAAGGAUUCUUAUUAUCUUCAAGCUCAAGCUAUGUGUUACAUGAAUUCUUGAAAGGCAGGUUAUCCAUGAAUGAUAAUAGCAGCAGCAGGAAAGAAGCCAUAAGCGAAGAAUCAAUGUUGGAAAUCGGCUGCUCGAGUACUUGUUACUUUGUUCUCCUGACAUUCUUUUCAUCUGCUAGUCCUUUUACAAUGAGUAUCCUUUAGGCUUUGCCAUCUCUAGAUAGAGGUAUGCCCAAAGGUCUGCGGUAAGGCUGGAAGAGCUGAGAUUUUCUAAAGACCAACACUCUUGAGUAACAAAGAUCACUAAUUAUGCAUCAUGAAAAAAAAAAAAUCAUCACUAAUUAUGUGUCUUCUGACAUCACGUUUCAGAUUUUGGAACUACAUCUCCUUUUACGUGCAUUUAUCUCCUUAUUGAA